AUGAAGACUUUUGCGGCAUUAAAGUGUUUCCGGAGUGCAGUAAAAGUGACCUGGCAGCAGUUCUGCGACACCACCUUUAUCCACGGUGUUCGGUACAUUGAGGACCCAAUGGGGAACAUCUAUACUCAUAUUGCUUGGUUCUUUAUAACAACAUCUUCAUUCAUCCUUGCUAUAAUGCUCAUCAAUACCUUCUGGGAAGCUUACAAAACUAAUCCAACCAGGAUGAAUGUUGAGAGUGUCAAUGUUCCCAUAACUGAGCUGGAUUUCCCCGCUGUUACCUUUUGCAAUGUGAACCGAAUUAAUGUGGAGCGAACAAUGGAAUUGGCAGAGAGUUUAAAUAUUCCAUCAAGUCUGGGCAAUGUAGCUCCUUCGAAGGUAGCUGAGUGGUUAAAGUCUACAGUGGGAUUCUCUGAUUACUUGAGCAUCAUCAAUUCCGAUGAUUUGGAUAAUCUUCAAGAAAUUUUAGAUGUAAACAACAUUUCUGUAUCAACCAUGAUGCGUCUUCAGCAACAAACGUGUUCAAGUCUUCUUGUACGUUGUCGAUGGGAGGGAAAAAUUGUCAAUUGUUCCAGCAUUUUUAGCAUCCUCCCCACAUAUCGGGGUGUUUGUUGCUCAUUCAACUCCAAGCCAUCCCUGGGGAAUUAUCCAGCACGCAGAACUAAUCAUUUUGGCGUUGGGAGUGGGCUAUCUGUUGUCCUGGCACCAGCUCUUGAGGAUACAACGGUUGGUGGGGUGUACACGAAAGGUAUCAGAGUGCUCAUAAAUGAACCAGCUGCCUAUCCUGGUGAUAGGAGUAUUGAAAAAAUCUACCCCGUUGGCUAUGAGAGUAUGGCUCGUGUUUCCGGGGAACAAACCAAUUGUUCCGAUAUGGUGAGAGAUCUUCCAAUUGAAGACCGCAAAUGCUACUUUCCCGGUGACCAUCAACUCAAAUAUUUUUCCAUUUAUCGUGAAAAUAAUUGUGACAUUGAGUGUCGUAUGGAUGAGACACUAAAUUACUGCCAGUGCGUACCAUUCUUCUUUCCAAAUCCUCAAAAAUUGGAUGUGUGCAACGUUACACGAAUUUCUUGCUUAGUUCAAAAUUAUGAAAUUCUAUAUAGACAAAAUCUCAACAGUUCAUCCAAUCAGUGCGAUUGUCCAGCAAAUUGCAAUGGGAUUUACUACGAUGUACGUUCUAAUAGUGCUGCAAUUACCAAGACCAUUUACUCAACGUCUCCACUUUACAAGGACUUGAACGUGAGCACCCACAUGGUAGUCCAUGUGUUCUUUGGGUCGCAUGAUUUCAUGAAAUUGCGACGCGAUCUGCUGUCGGAUGUUGUUGUCCUUAUCGCCAAUCUGGGCGGUGUGUUCAAUCUCUUUCUCGGCAUAAGUAUCCUCACAAUGCUCGAGGUCCCGUAUUUUGCCACCGUGAGACUCUACAUGAAUUUUCGUCGUCUCGAGGAGGAGGCCAAGAAGCGUGAUCUCUUCAUCAGUCGCCUCCAUGUUGUACAGCAGCAGACUCAUCUGGUCAAGGUGCGCGAAAGUAUCAUGCAGCACAAAUAA